UGAGGCGGGUCUGGGCGGGGGGUCCACGCGCGCAUUGCCGGAGAGAAACCACGGGAAACCCUGAAGCGGCGAACGCCUGCGGUGGUCUAAGCGAGAUGUGUGGGACCGACACGCGCAGAUGGAGAGCGAGGGGCUGACCCCGAGCCGCGCGUGGACCGACAGACGGACAGACCGAGUGUGGAACUCUGUUCCAGUGCGGGGCCUGCUGACUGACCAGUUGUACCCAUUUCCAAGGCUCCAGCCAUCCCAUAUCUCACUGGAGGUCUGCUGCCCAAUGGCCAUCCCCAAGAGCCUUGUGAGCCCGGUGCCCUGGGAACAGGAUGACUUUCUCCAAGUGAAGGUCGAGCAUGAGGAGGCCAGCUCCUCUCAGGUCCAGGAGUCUAACUUUGGCCACACCUCCCACCCUGAGGCUGCCUGUCUGCGCUUCCGACACUUCUGCUAUGAGAAGGCAUCCAACCCACGUGAGGCGCUGGCCCGGCUCUGUGAACUCUGCCGCCAGUGGCUGCGGCCCGAGGUGCGCUCCAGGGAGCAGAUGCUGGAGCUGCUGGUGCUGGAGCAGUUCCUGGGCGCGCUGCCCCACGAGAUCCAGACUUGGUUGCGGGCUCAGUGCCCCGAGAGUGGCGAGGAGGCUGUGGUGCUCGUGGAAGACCUGACUCAGGCACUGGACAAGAGAGGUGAGGGGGUGACAGGCAGGUGCUCAUGGCACACGGGGCAAAGCCUGGACUGGAAUGUUGGGGGUGCAGGUUUGCACUUGGGGGCACUCACCCAAACCCUCACACACUGCGUUAAGCAGGUCUGUUUUGACUGCCAGCUGGUGCUGGGAUCUGAGCUCUCAGAGGCGAGCUGUAAGCAGAGCAAUUCGGACGAGUGGGCCACUGAAACCCUGGUAGGAGAGCUUUCCCCAGGACCCACCUUUGGUGAUGCCUGCGAACCUGAGGGCAGCUCAGAGAGGCAGGCCGGACUCUCAGCGAAGAUGUGGACAAAGUCUGUCACCCAAGAGAUGGAUUUCAGGAAAACUUCAGGGCCUCACAAGGGCGCCCUCACAGACCAGCCCGGCUGUGAAGCUGGUGCUUUGGGGGACAGUCCCAACAUGUGGCCAGACUUCACCUCCCAAGAGGAGACUCCUUCCAGAGAGAAAGUGGAUCCACUGGAUGGUUAUGGCACAGAGCCUCCAGGCACGUACUUGGGGAGGAAGCCCUCCAAGGGUGGUGAGUAUUGGAAGACGUUCCGGAGCCCCUUGGCCCUGGAGGCCCACCGGAAGAGCCAUGCUCGGAAGAUGCCCCACACCUGCAGUGAGUGUGGGAAAGCCUUCAGCCGGAGUGCACACCUGGCCCAGCACCAGGUGGUCCACACAGGGGCCAAGCCCCAUGAACGCAAGGAGUGCGGGAAGGCCUUAAGCUGGCUCACCCACCUGACCCAGCACCUGCGCAUCCGCACAGGAUAGAAGCCCUACAGAUGUGGUGAGUGUGGGAAGGCCUUCAGUUACCCAUCUAAACUGAGGAAGCACCAGAAGGUUCAUACUGGCAUAAAACCUUUCAAGUGUGGUGAGUGCGGGAAAACCUUCAACCGCAAAGAUGCACUUGUUCUGCACCAGAGAAUUCACACUGGAGAGAGGCCUUACCAGUGCAGCGAGUGUGGGAAGUCCUUCAGCGUUCUGUCUACCCUCAUUCGGCACCGGAAAGUUCACAUUGGAGAAAGGCCCUAUGAGUGCAGGGAAUGUGGGAAAUUCUUCAAAUACAACCAUAGCUUCAUUCUUCACCAAAGAGUUCACACUGGAGAGAGGCCCUAUGAGUGCAGUGAAUGUGGGAAAACUUACGUGACCCGCUCUGGGCUGUAUCAGCACUGGAAAGUCCACACUGGAGAACGUCCCUACGAGUGCAGCCUGUGUGGGAAAACCUUCACUACCAGGUCCUACCGAAAUCGGCACCAGCAGUUCCACACUGAAGAGAGGGCUUAUGAAUGUACAGAAUGUGGGAAAGCCUUUAAACAUAGUUCUACCCUCCUUCAGCACAAGAAAGUCCACACUGGAGAAAGGCCAUAGGAGGACGGGGAUGUGGGAAAACCUUUAGACAUAGCUGGCACCUUGUUCAACGUGAAAGGUCUCACUCCAGAAAGGAGAUUGAGGAGAGUAGCCAUUUGAAAGCUAAACAUGUCACACCCCAGCACCCACACUGGGCUGGUGCCAGGUACAUGGGAAGCGUUCAGGAGCUGCGUUGCACUCUCACCUGCCCAGGCUGUUGGCAGUGUUGAGUCACUGCCAGUUUCUGUGACAGAAGCCAUCCCACUUCUACCACCUGGCAGGUCCCCGUGGUGUGCAUCAGUCACUGUGUGUGCUCAGGGAAGCUGACCUCUGUGUUCCCCACUUGAUAAAGGAGAGAAUCAUGAGUGGUGGAGCCCAUAAUGGGUCUUAUUCUCUCCCCCUCCAACUGGUUUAGGUGUGGACAUGACCUAGUUCUGGCCAAGAGUAGCUGAGCAGUGUCUGCUGGGGCCUUCCAGGGAAGGUUAACCAUUUUCAUGGACACUGUUGACACUACAUUGGGUCCCUGUCGUGCAUUUAUCCAACCCUGGAACUGGCUCACACUGCUCUGGAAUGUCUGGUAAUCUUUAGGCCUUCUUGUUUAAACCACCCUUAAUCUUUGGGAUCUGUGUGGAAGGAUUGAGAACAAAAUUGGGCUCAUGGAUAGAGGGAACGGUUUCUGUGGGGGUCCCUGACUUUUGUCUGCCUCAGUGGGGCCAGCAGGAUGGCAGAGGACAGCUCCAGUCAAGGUUGGCCUAACUUGCACUGGUGCCUGAGACCUCCAGGGAAAGAUUGAAGGGCUUUGUGGAUAAAUCUUCAGCCUGGAUGUCAGGUUUACUUGAGGAUCUAGAGCUCACCUGAAGAAUGGGGUGGUUGGUAUAAGAUCCCCGGGUGACUAGGGACAAGCACCUGGGUUCCUUGUUCCCAGGGAAUGUUCUGCAAUCUCCAGCAUUGGUCAGAAGAAGUUGUUUCCAGAAUCAGCUCAGAAGACAUGCCCCCUGAAAUCGAGAACGUGGAGGUAAGUUCCAGACUGGCCAUAAGUGCUACAGGGGCCUGUUGGAAAGAGUAAGUGGACACAGAAGCACUGAGUGAGGUCAUGUGGAGUGGGGAAUCUGGUAAACGAGAGGGUUUGAGCUGGUUCUAAAGAGGCACCCACAAAUGUUCCAGGAACCAUGGUUUCACAGGGUGCGGCAUGCAGAAUUUCUCAGGAAUUGCAAACCUGUUCCCUGUGUCUAAGGUCACUGUCAGCAAAUAAUCUACAGGUUUCCUGGGUUCUCAGAGCCUUUCCGGGCAUGUUCACCUCAUGGCCAUCACCCUGGGACUGAAAGAAGAUCCUGUAGUCCUAGGAUGUGGCUUUUGUGACCCAGCUAGUGUUCCUGAUGUCUCUGCACACCAUGGCUUUGGCUGUUUUUGCUGCCGCUCUCCCAGGGCUCCAGGGAAAGAAGUGGUUGAAUCAACAUAUGGAUCCAGAUCUAUGUUUAAAAUUUUGGAAACUGUUUUUUCAAAAGGUAAAUAAAA